CAGUCCACGUCAUGCUAACAGCCGUUUAAAGCAGUGCGCCUGCGCAGCGUCUGUCUUCUGUGUGCGGUCUCCAGGCCAGUGAACGAUGAUGAAGACUCUGGUGGUGCUGGCGGCCCUGGCCCUGCUCAGCCUGUCCUCCGGGGAGGAAGGAGCCCGUCUGCUGGCGUCCAAGUCCCUGCUGAACCGCUACGCCGUGGAGGGCCGAGACCUCACCCUGCAGUACAACAUCUACAACGUGGGCUCCAGCGCGGCCCUGGAGGUGGAGCUGUCGGACGACUCCUUCCCUCCGGAGGACUUUGGGAUCGUCUCUGGGAUGCUGAACGUCAAGUGGGACCGAAUCGCUCCAGCCAGUAACGUGUCCCACACCGUGGUGCUGCGCCCCCUGAAGGCCGGGUACUUCAACUUCACCUCAGCGUCCGUCAGCUACGUGGCCCAGGAGGGGGGCUCGGUGGUGGUGGGCUACACCAGCGCCCCGGGGCAGGGCGGCAUCCUGGCCCAGAGGGAGUUCGACCGCCGCUUCUCCCCCCACUACCUGGACUGGGCAGCCUUCGGUGUGAUGACCCUGCCCUCCAUCGGCAUCCCUCUGCUCCUCUGGUACUCCAGCAAGAGGAAGUACGACUCCCCGAAGGCCAAGAAGAACUGAGCCUGCCGGCCGGGGGGGUGGGGAGGGGGGGCGGCGAGGGAACAGCGGAACAGCUUAAUGACCCAUAUUGGGGUGGAAGAUGAAACGUACAGAGACCAAGGAGGUUUUCUAACUUCAGUUUUUCAAGCGGUGUGUUGGGGGGUCGGGGUGGGGG